UUGGAAGAUUUACUUUAUUUAGAGUUUGGUUGUUGCUAAUAUCAAGCUCAUUAAAUCAAGUAGAUGAUUUUUGUGAUUGCACAAACUUCAAAAUCUGCACAUGGUGUUUGACUGUAUUGGAUAUUGGGAUUUUUUUAGAUAUGGUUAAGCUUGAAAAAAAUUGAAUGCCUAGGUUUCUGGAUGGCACAUUGGAUCGAAGAUCAGAUGAUUUGAUGGAUACCACAGAUACUUCAGGCGUUUCACAAACCACUACCUUCAGUCAAAGUCGAAGCCCUGCAACAAUGAAGUCCUUGAGAGAUAACCUUGAAGAAAAGGACAAAACUGAACCGUUGAUCCCCUAUAUGGAAAGUCAGAUAGAUAAAGCAGUACAAACAUGCAUUGAAAGUGGGGAUCUCUGCUCUGACGUUCAGUUUCCAAAAGCCUCUGUCAAAAAGGUUGCACCUGUGAAAAGAAAGUUAUCCACUGAAGGGUCUGAGGAUCUGUUAUUUACCAGCAGCAUCGCGUUCCAAAUUGCAGCUGCUUUAAGGCGAUGCAGAAAAGAUGUUGAGCAUGGAAAAUCAUCAAAAUUGGGGGCUUGGGAGGGCGAAAUGGCUGCUGAUUCCCCAAAAUUGAUUGCUGAAAAACUAGCUAGCUGUCUAAACAAUCUAGCAGAAUCAUCGGGCUUUUUAGUUAGAGCUUGCAACGGACAUAUAAACUUCUAUUCUUCGGAAAGACGAGUUGAUGAAGACAGUGUAGUGAGCAGCCAGAAUGAGUCAAAGCAAUCCACAUCAGGAAGCUGCAGUAAAGAGAGCUGCUCAUCAACAGCACAAGGAAGCCCUGAGCUCAAAAGGAGGAGGUUUGAGGUUCGUCUUAAAAGGUCCAGUUUUGAUCCGGAAGAAUAUUCCUUGUAUAGAAGGUACCAGAUUAGGGUGCACAAUGAUUCGCCAGACGAAGUUGCUGAGAGCUCAUAUAGGAGAUUUUUGGUUGAUACACCUCUAGUAUUCGUUCCACCCUCUGGGGACCUUACUGCUCCCCCCUGCGGCUUUGGUUCUUUCCAUCAGCAGUAUCUGAUUGAUGGACGGCUAGUUGCAGUUGGUGUAAUAGACAUCCUUCCCAAGUGUUUGUCAAGUAAAUAUUUAUUCUGGGAUCCAGAUCUAGCCUUCUUAUCUUUAGGCAAGUACUCAGCCCUACAAGAAAUAAGGUGGAUUAAGGAGAAUCAAGUACAUUGUCCAAGUCUCCAGUACUACUAUCUGGGCUACUACAUUCACUCCUGCAACAAAAUGAGAUACAAAGCAGCAUACCGGCCUUCUGAGCUGCUCUGCCCUUUGCGUUAUCAGUGGGUUCCAUUUGAUGUUGCCAAGCCACUGCUAGACAGAAAACGGUAUGUGGUUUUAUCUGAUAUUGCCACAGAAAAUGGAGAGCAUUUGCCGCCUAGUAUCCUUGAAAAUUAUGAGGAGCAAAAUGAUGAAAAACAGUUUCAUGGAUCAGAUGAUAUUUUUGUUGGUGAGGAUGAGGAAAUGGAUGACUCUGAUUUUGAAGAUUCGGAUGACGAAUUGGACCCUGAGAGCAGUGACGUCCAAUUGCCCAAAGUAGAAAAUGGAGAUGUUGGCAAUGUUUUGAUUGGGUUGAAGGAAGUUCGUCUGAGAUACAAAGAUUUGCGGGAAGCUUUUGGUUCCAGCGAAAGGCGGUUUAUGGAGACGCAACUGCACAGAUACUUGAGGGCUGUUGGUACAGAGCUCUCUGAACGAAUGGUUUAUUCAUUGGGCUAAUGCAAUAAUCUAUUAAUUCAGUGCAUAAAGUUCUUGCUCUCAUUGUAAUUUUAUGGUGUCCUUGUCAAGCUGUUGGUAGAGCUGAGGAGCCUGGGAAAACCUCCUGAAGUUUGUGCAUCAACAGUGCAUUUCUUGGUGUGCUCAGGGAUGCAAACUAGGAGGGAACUAAUUUAGUUAUUCAACGUGACCUGCAUCGUGAAGCAAUCGUAAUUCAGGGGCUGGUUAUUGGUACUGUGCUGCUCUGCUAGUCGACAUGGAAUAAACAAGAAUCAGAUUGGGGUGGAGCUACUCAAUAUGGCCCCUGAUUGGAAAUCUUCAAGCAUCAAGUGGCUUGCUUUAUCCUUCUCCCAUUAUGAAAGCAGCACAUAUUACAUUGCAAAUAAUCUUAGAAGUCGUUUAGAAUGUGACUUUGAGGGGCGUAUGCUACUAAGAAUAUUUAUUGCAGUCUGAUUGCCAGGUUGUUUUGGAUCGUGUUUAAUUUACAACGGUUCAUGAAAUUUACUGCUUGACGAAGUC